UUCAGUGUAUGCGGCACCUUUGCUAGCGUCAGCAGCCAAUGGCAUGCAGUAUGGUAUGCAGUCAACAGCCUCAGCUUCAACACCUCCGCCAACAGCCUCACAACAUCAUAGCUCUGGUUCAGGUGUAGCCACUACAUCGAGUCAAAACAAUAAUCUCAAUGAAACAAAUUCUCAUUCGGAUGACUAUGGUUCACCCAAAAGUACACAAAGUAAUGGUGCUGGUGGUGGUGGUGGUACUUUGCCAGCAUUCCAGCGUAUAGCCACUACUUCCUAUAAUCAAAAUACACAUGCUUCAGCAGUCGAUCGUUAUGGCUCCUUGACUAAUUAUAGAACUCAUAACGAUACUUGGUCUAGUCCUUAUGAGGCCAUUAGUUAUGCUCCCUCUUCGGUGGUGGGUAAUCAAGCUUUGAAUAAUGUCCUAACUGCCGCCAAUACAAAUGUUAUACGUUCCGCUGUUAAUGGUCGUACGGUCAGCUCAUCAGCUGAGGUAACAAGUCCUGCUGCUGCUGCUACUAAUUUAGUAGCAGCCCAUUUGUCGGCCUCUGCCUCAUUGUCAGCCACAUUUUUUGAUGCCGAUUUUUUUACGGAGGGGCGAGAAUGUGUCAAUUGUGGUGCAAUUUCAACUCCACUAUGGCGACGUGAUAAUACCGGACAUUAUUUAUGCAAUGCGUGCGGUCUUUAUCAUAAAAUGAACGGAAUGAAUCGUCCCUUAAUUAAACCACCCAGAAGAUUGAGUGCCUCUAGAAGGGCUGGUUUGACUUGCUCCAAUUGUUUGACUACCCAAACUUCUUUAUGGCGUCGUAAUCCCAAUGGUGAACCGGUGUGUAAUGCCUGUGGUCUCUAUUACAAGCUGCAUAGUGUUAAACGUCCCUUAACCAUGAAAAAGGAUACAAUACAGACUCGCAAACGUAAACCCAAAGGCUGUAAAGCCGAAAAAUUAUCGAAAAAGCAAGCUGCCGCAAAUGCAGCUCUUGCUGCGGCGUCUGAACAAUCUAUAAAUGCCUCAAAUAAUACUCUCAAUACUAGCACAGAAAGUGCCAACUUGAGCCUGCUCAAUGGCGAUCAUGAUAUUAAACCUUUAACACAACAAUUAUUAAAUGCAUCAACAUCAUCACUAACACAAUCGGCGGCUACAUCACCCACCAAUAGUAUAUCAUCGCCUUGUCAUAAUAACAAUAACAAUAAUCACAGCAUGAAUAUGUCACCAACAUCACCGUUAAUGCAACAACAACAACAGCAACAGCAGCAAUCACAACAGCUUAAUAAUAUGGGUAAUAUGUCACCACAGCAAUAUCAGCAACAACAUGCACAACAGCAGCAGCAGCAACAAAUGUCACCCAUAAUGUUUCAACAUCAUCAACAUCAAGCCUCAUCUGCCUCUUCAUCUCCCUCUAAUCAUUUAAAUUCUAAUAAUAAUAACAAUAACAAUACAACAACAUUUAAUCAUAAUGAUAAUGAAAAUUUGAAAUUUAUGCAAAAAUAUAUACAACAGCAACAGCAAGCGGAACAACAACAAUUAAUGAAUACAACCACACCACAGCAACAUACAACGAAUACGCUAAUGAAUCCUCAUUCACCCAGCAGCAGCAACAACAACACCACAUCACCAACAGCAGCAGCUGCCAACAAAUGUGCAACUCCCAACAACAACAACAAUUCACAGACACAACAACAACAGCAGCAACAACAAUAUCUACAGCAACAAUUACACCAACAUCAUCAUCAUCAACAGCAGCAACAACUAUUAACAGCCAACAAUCCUCAUGGUCACCCAACCAAUCUACAUAUGGGAUCUAAUCAUCAUAGUCCUAUAAAUUCCUAUCAUCCCGAACCACCAACCAACUCACCACCCACCUCUCCUGUCUAUGAAACUUAUGGUGAAUUAUUACCUUCCUCGAAUGAUCCCAAUAACAGCAUUAAAAUCGAACAAUUACAUCAACAUUUGGCUGAAGAGCAACAACACCAGCAGCACCAACAACAACAACAGCAAAUCUUACACAGCCAUUUAAAUAAUAUGAGUCGUAGUCCCUCCAUGGAUGAUGAUUAUGAAUAUCAUCAAUUUUUACUACAACGUCAGCAACAUUUACACGAUUUGCAACAGCAACAGUUUUUGCAAUUCGUUCCACAACAUUUGCAUGAUUUUAGUCGUAAGUUCGAUAGGGAGACUGUAGUGAAAAUGGAAUAAUUUUAAAGAUGUUAUUUAAUCCGUUUCCAGUUGUUAGACUGGAGCUCGAAGGACCAUAUACAUUUUCAUUUCAGUCGUUACAAAACUUUGGUUUUUAUAACUUUUAAAAUUUCUAUUUUAAAAGAAAUGUUUAAACCCUUUUCUAGCUGAGGGAACUUAUAAGUAACACUUCGUAUAAAUAUUUUUACUAUAGAAAGUUCUUGGAGCAACUGAAAUGAUAUCUUAGUUCCGAAAGACUCGGUGCUAUAAAAUUUGCUUUCCACAAAAGGCUAUUUAUUGAAAAAAAAAAACUCUCAAAAAAUUCGAAUUAUAAUUCAAAAAACUCAAUUUUAAAGGUUAUGAGUUUCGAAGGAAUUCUAAAUUUUAACCAACUUUAUCUGGUUAUUGCCCAGGCAUGGAAAAUUAAGAUUUUAAAAUAGUACUAAUUUAUAAAAAGAGUAUUUUUUACUUUUUAAAGUACUAAAGUUGAAUAGAUUAUAGACUAGACUAUGGACUAGACCAGAGACUAGACUAUA